AUGGCCUCACCGCCCUCGUCGCCGGAGGCCCCCACAUCGCUCGUUGCCCGCCUCGCCGCGCCCCCGGCCUCCUCCGCGGCGUCACCUCGCCGACGCCGCUUCGCCGCCGGCCAUCCCCUGUCUCCCCCGCCUCUACUUCGCCCGGCGUCGUCGGACGGCCUCCCCGUCUUCCUCCCCAACGGCUCCAUCAAGCCUCGCCGCCCCCCAUCUCUCACGACGAACGUGAGCACCUCCCCGUGCUCCACCUCUAACCCCCCCCCCUGGUCACCGCACUCUCGCGCGCACUCUGCCACGUCGGGCCUCGCUCACGCGCGCGCGUGCCCUGCUCGUUGCUGCUUGUGGACCUCGCCCGCUAGCCGUCGUCGUCCGCCCGCGCCAUCGCCCUGCUUGCGCCACGGCGCCCGCCUGCACAGAAACCUCGUGCGCCUCUCCCCCCUGCUCGCUGUUGCUCCGGCGCGGCUCUGCCCGCGCCACCGUGCAGCCGCCCGGUCCAGCCCCGACCGCGCACCCGCGUCCGACCACCCAACCACGGCGACCCCCCCGCCUUGCGCCCCACCUCGUCAUCUCGCCGCGCCACCACUUCCCGUGGCUGCUACUGCCCUGCGGCCGCGCGCCGUCGCCGUCCUGUCGCCGCUCCGGCCGCCUGGGCGGCGCCGUGGCCACCGGCCUCUUCGGCUCCGGCGCCCUGCCGUGUCCGCCCGCCCCUGGGCGUGCGCCCCGCGCCCGAACCCACUAAGGCCCUAG